AUGACUGAGCAGGAUGAACAUCCCAUGGUCUUGGGCUUCACUGCUAGCCCUAUGUUCGGUGGCAAUCCUACUGCAGCCUUCCGGAAGUUGGAAGCCAACCUCGACUGCGUUAUUCAUAGUCCUCGAGCCAAUCGGGAUGAGCUCUUGACUCAUGUCCACUGUCCAAUCUUCCGACACGUGUGCUACGAUACACCGCAAUACUCUGAUCAUAACUAUACUUCUAAAAAUUUAUCAGCAGUCGAUGCCAUUAUUGCUACUAUGAACAUCGGAUCCUGA